CACGGCCGCUUGUUCCCACGGUGGUCAGCGGGAGGGCUCGCAGGCGGGAUCUAAUAAGAUCGCGGCGACCUCCUCCUCGCUGUCCGCAACGAUGUCUCUGUCGCCCACGUCGUCGAACGAGUACGAGCCGACGACGGGAAAACGCCGCCGGACGUCCUUCACGAUCAGCAGUCAGCGCUCGGAAAUGGCCCAUUCGCCUCAAGAAGGUGGUUCGGCCCAGGGCAUCUCGCCAGCGUCGCCUGCUCAUAUCCCCAAGCGGGGCGCGCGGGCCUGCACUGCUUGCCGUAAGGGAAAGAACAGGUGUGAGGGAGAGGCACCUUGUCGACGUUGCCAAUUGAGUGGUACUCCCUGCGUCUUCGAAAAGCCAGAAAAGAAAAAUGUGCAAGUCUUGUCUGGUGCUAGCAUCGAACGCCUCUCGCGACUGGAGGGUCAAUACCUUGUCAUGCAAAGCCAAAUGAUUGGGAUGCAGUCGUCGCUCGACCGUAUUUUGUCUGCGAUACAACAGCAAGGUCAAGCCACUGCCGCGUUAAUGCAGCAUUCUGUCUACACAAAUGGCGGGCCGUCCGCCAUACCGCCGAUCCGUGCCAACGGCGUCGACAUGUACGGAUCCCCCGGACCUUCGGACGGACCGCCGGCGCGACAGAAUAGGUCAUUUCCGCCACUGCCCGGCUUUGCGCCCCCGCCACAUAAAUAUGCGACCUACGGUAUCGUCCCAAGUACAGCACCGUCAUCAGAUGACGAGUCCGAAGACACGCUUCCAAGGGCCACGUUGAAUGCACCUAUUGAGGCAUUACAGGGCUUAGCGAACGCUGCCGCUGAAGCCGCUGCUGCGCCUUCUGCGUCUGCGCCUCGUAUGAAGAAGAGAAAGAAAGCUGAGCCCACGCCGCGAAAUGCAUUCCCUCAUGUCGUUGAGAAGGGUCUCGUGUCUGACAACGAAGCAAGAGAACUAUUCCAUAUUUUCUUCUCCGGCUGCCACUACUUCAUUCCUUGCUUCGACCCUACGUAUGAUACAUACGAGGCCCUGCAAGAGCGUACGCCAUGGACUUUUGACGCCAUACUUGCGAUAGCCGGCAAGAUUCGCAGCGGGACUGGUCCGCUUAGUCCUACAUUUUACAAAUGCUUGGAGGAAGCCCAGGGCAUCGCACGAUCGACUCUCUUCGGUCCCGUAGUGCGGAAGGAGGCGGUGCAGGGUAUGCUGCUCCUCGCAGCCUGGAGCACGAAUGGCUGGCUGCCCAGUGGGCAUGCCAUGCGUAUGGCCCUCGAUCUUGGGCUACAUCGAGCAUUGGAAAGGCUAGCUGACUCCGAGAGUUCGAAGAAGCGGACAGAAGAGGAAGAACGCAACCUAGUUGUAUCUGCUCGUAUCUGGCUUUGCCUUUACUGGUUUGACCACCAAAUGAGCCUUGGGACAGGGCGUCCAGUAGUCCUGCGGGAUGAGAGUUCCAUCAAGCAUUGCCGCUUACUCUUGGCACACCCUAUGGCCUCGAUAACUGACGUCCGUCUUAUAUCGCAAGUGGAAUUGAUCGCCCAGAAGACCCAAAUAUACGAGACUCUGUCGCCCUUGAACGGGCAGGUGAAUCACAACACGUUAGCAUUCAUUCGUCGGGCGAAUAUUGCCUUGGACAAGUGGUGGCAAGAUUGCGACGAGCUUCACCGAACAACGAUGGAUGAAGACGCGUUGCCGCGAAAAAUCCUCGCCGGCGAGCUUCAUUACGCGAAAUUAUGGCUUGUUUGCGUCGCGCUUCGUGGCACCUCCUGGGAGAAGAUGCCUUUCGAGCAGCGGGAGUUGGCCUUCCAGGCCAAGGACGCCGCGUCUGCCUGUCUCUCGAACCUCCUCAAUUCCCCCACCUACAGGGCUGCUCUGCGCUAUUCAGUGCAUGACAGCCUCGUGACGGCUGCUUUCUCCGGCCUCUUCCUGCUGAAGAUGGCCAACCUAUACCCAGCGGAAUUGGACCUCGCAGCGAUUACUAUGCAGGUUGAACAGUUGGCGGAGCUGUUGUCUGAAGUAGCUGCUGAAAGAUAUGCGCUGACGCUCCGCGUCAUGCUAGCUAGCCUGAAACGCAAGCUGGGUCUGACGGCGCCCAUGGGGCCGCCCGGAAUGCCUGGAGGGCAUGAUAUGAUGGCGCCGCCUUCGUUCAUUGACCCAGCCAUCAUGCCGCAACUGCAUUUCACCGUGGAAGAGCUCGGUAUGCUGCCCGGCUCGCUGCCAAAUGACCGGGCGAUGUUCAGUCCGUCGGCUAUACCAGUCUGGUUGCAAGAACAGAGCUUGACGGACCUUGGGCUGCCAUCGAAUGGGUCUGAUGGCAUGUUCUUGCAAGUGGGCCAUUCGAGCGGUUGGAUGGGCGAUUUUCCUCCGAUGCCAGAAGCGUGGUAACGGUGUUGAAUACGCCUU